AUGAUGGUAUUUUUGAUACACUUAUUUUUUAUUACAUCAGCUGGCAGUCAAAUGAUCCUUGAUGACGCGAACUUUAAUCUAAGCGAUUGGGGUAAUCAAUUUCAACCAGCUAAUCUUGUUGAAUUGCUUAGUACAAUUAACGUCAGAUCUCUUAUCAGAUGUGCUGCAGCGUGUGAUCUUAAUAUUCAAUGUCGUACAUUUGAUUAUGAUUCAUUAUCAUAUGUUUGUCGCCUCUUCGAAGGCGCUGUUAAUACAGGCCAUAUCAUUCCUUCAAAUUCAUCAUCUCGUGUUGGGGCUCUUCAACUCAUUUCGAAUGAUUUUACUAGUUUUGGGCAACCAUGUUCCGAAUGCACACAAACUCGUUAUUUAACAUGUUUAAACAAUACUUGGCAAUGCCCACCUAAUACCUUUUGGAAUUCUAUUGAAUGUGAAAAUCAAAGGUAUAGCGGUGCCUCAUGUAACAAUAAUCAAUGGUGUCGAUAUAAUACACUUGGAUUAAUUUGUUCAAUAUUCAGUAACUGCACAACCAAUGAUACUCUAACGACUAUACCUCCAAGCUGUAAUACAACUUGUGUCAGUGACACAACUGUUUGGAGUAUACCUCUUACUGCGCGAUGGACUUUUGAGAAUACAUAUGAAGAUUCAAUGUUAAACUACAAUGCAACACCUUUCAAUUCACCUACAUUCGUCGAUGGUUAUGUGGGUCAAGCUCUCUCUCUUGACUCAUCAUUGGAUCAAUAUUUAUCAACUUUGUUUAUUCCAUUGAAUGCACGAAGUCUUACUAUUGAUGCAUGGAUCUAUCCAACAAGUUAUCCUAAUGUAAAAGGUAGUCACAGUAUUGUCGGUCUUUGUCCACAACAAACAUCGUCACAGUGUCUUCAAGUUAUUCUUCAUUCUAAUGGAACCAAUACAUCAUCAUCAACAAGUAUCUUCAGUUUUUGGGAAAAUCCAGAUCUUAAAGGAUCAAUUCCUAUUUAUAUUAAUCAAUGGACACAUAUUGCUUUCGUCUAUUCGAAAAGUAAAACAAAAGAACUCAUCUAUGUUAAUGGGCUUCUUGAUAUUUCACGUACACCAUCGGGUAAUUUCAGUGCAACUUCUGGUAACUUCUACAUUGGAAACAACUACAAUCUUACAUCAUAUGCUCCAAUUGGAAAAAACAAUUUUCAGGGCUACAUUGAUCAAUUAACUAUCAGUGCUGGUGUUAGACCUCAAUGUGAAUUACUCAACGUUGCUACAUUGGCUGCAAGUUUUACAUUUGAUAAUAUCUCAAACAUUUUCGAUGAUUCUGGUCCGAACGAUGUCUCUGUGAAUGCGUCGAACUAUACAAUUGUAAGUGGUGUAAAAGGAGGUCAUGCUAUUUCAUUCACAGGUGUAUCAUCGUCAUAUUUACAAGCGUUCGGUUUUCGUUUUCUUUCAUACAAUAAUACACCUUUCUCACUCGCUCUCUGGAUCCAACCAAUCUCCCGUCAGGGACCUCUUGUAAGUACCUCAAUGGGCUAUCCAUUUUUAUCGUUCGCAGCAACUCAGAUGCUCGUCGUUCGAAUAGGUGGAAUAUCGAUUCCAUACAAUACUCCUCUACAAGUAGGAUCCACUUGGACUCAUAUCGUUCAAACAUGGUCAUCUUCAAAUGGAAUACGACUUUAUGUUAACAAUCAACUUGUUGCAAAUGCUACAACAAACAUGUUUACAGGAAGCGGAACAACAAUGAAUUCUUUGAUAUUAGGUGGUGGAACAUAUGUAGGAGCAAUUGAUGAAUGGCGUGUCUACUCACGAGAAUUAACACCCCAAGAUGUAUGCGCUCUAUUCGUCGCUUAA